CGAGUCCUGGCCGCGCGGAACGAUCGUACGUGACGAUCGACGUGAACUCGCGAGUCCAGUUUGUCGACUCGACAUAUGAUUUAAAUUCACCGCAUACUGUGAUCCUUUUUUUGGGUCGGAAAACCAAGGAAAGAAUAAUAAAAAGAUCUGGGACAAUUUCGGAACUUCUGUGCUUUUUUAAGUGUAAACGCUCGAAUGAUUGACAGAAGAGACAUCUAAAUUUUAGUCUGCCACAUUCCGCAUAAGGUUCUCGUACAACAUGACUUCGUUUUUAGUGAAUGUACUGGCUACAGCAGGUAAACUUGAGAAAGCGGAUCUUCAGAAAAACAUCACCGAGAUACAAAAGGAAAUAACAAAAUUAGAAUAUGAAGUUAAAGAUUUUAUGGACGACAAUUAUGUUGAGUUUAGUUCAAAGUUGACAAGAGAUGUACACUUGGUUAAAAAGACAGAACAGCUGUUGGAGGAAAUUGGUAUUUUGCAGAGCAGAAUAAAUGAUCAAAUCAAAAUAGAAUUAUCUAGUUCAACAAAGGAGCUGAAGACACUCUCUCAGACAUUGAAGGAGUCCAAUAUCAGCCUGCAAUUGUCCCAUCAACUGAUAAGUCUACACAAGUGCAUAAAAUCUAUACAAAUGGCACAGAAGGAAAAACAGUAUGUUGAUACUGCCAAAACUCUGCAGCAAAUGCAAUCUCUGCUGAAUACUCCUCAUAGUCUCCUGCAUGAACUCGAAAUAUAUACGGCAAUUAAGGAUGAGUACUGCAAUCUCUCUCAUUCAUGCUUGAUGGAAGCUUUUGGUCUCUUAGAUGAUCGAAUCUGCUGGAGCAACAAUAUGAAGGAAAGCAAAACAAUUAACUCUAUCACUAUUAAAAACAAAUAUAAUGAUAUACAGGAAUUAAUGCAAGGAUUGGAUAUUAUGGGUUAUCUUGAAAAUGAAUUAGAAGUAUUUUCUACAAAACUAAUGGACUAUAUAAUCAAACCUAUCAUUUAUGAUCACUGUUCAGUAUAUGUCGUCAAGGAGAGAAUAUUUACUGUAGAGAUAUUGGAGAAAAAAAAGAUGCCAUGUUACAAAGGUGUAUUGUAUAACUUGAACUUACUCUUCAAGUUUCUCCAUCAACAUUUAAAUCUGAUAGUGGAUAACGAAUCUUUCCUGAGAAGAUUGCAACCACAUCUGCUGGAAAAACUAUCGCAUUCUUUGAUAACAGAUUGCCUCUCUCACACCAUUCCAACUUCUAAUGCAGAUCUGAAGAACUUUGAACCUGUAGUCGAAACAAUUAAUGAAUUUCAAAACUACUUGGUAGUAAUUGGAUUCCUUUCUGAGGAUCAACUGUUCUUAUCAGAGUACACAAAUAACAUUGAUAAACUCUUCAUUAAUAGAAUAUGUCAGGAUUUACUAGCUAAAGCUAGAAAUAUAAUGAGAAAAGAUCUACAUGAUUCCGUUCGAUACGAACCACAGGAACCGCCUAAGCUUAUAGAUAAAGCGUUCGAGAACGACUGCGAAUUAUCUAUUGAAAAGAAGUUAAGCGAUAUGUCAUUUUAUCUACCAAAAUGUCAAAUAAGCAAAAGUGCACAAGAAACACUAGAAUUAGCGAAAAUGAUAUUGAACGAGGCUUGUGAUAGUUCGGAUACUUGCGCUGUUAGAUUAUUUUAUACAUGUAGGAACGUAUUCGAAAUGUAUGCUGGUUUGGUGCCUGAGCAUCAUAAAAAGUUCUUAAAAACAAUACCGCAACAAGUUGCUUUGUUUCACAAUAAUUGUAUGUAUCUCGCCCACCAUCUGCUUACACUGGCGCACGAAUACAGAGACAGAUUAUCAAAAAUUGUUCAAAGAUUGAACUUGACAUUUGCGGAUCAGGUUACGAUACUUCGAGACGUUGGGUCGCAAUGUUUCCUAGAUCACAUGAGAUAUCAAAGAAAUAUUAUCUUCGACAUCAUUAAGGAUUCAGGCUUCUCAGGAUUAAGCCAAGCGCCUCAGUUAGAUCCUAGCACCGAACGUGCAUUAAGACAAUGUAUCAGACAAUUGGAACUAUUAAAGACUGUCUGGUUGGAUGUGUUGCCUAUAAAUAUUUAUUGUAGAGCCGUUGGAUGUAUAACAAAUUCCAUGAUGGAUGAUUUGAUAAUGAGGGUCAUAUCUGCCGAAGAUAUUCCAGUUAAGGUCGCAGAAGAACUGGUAAUUUUAUUUAAUAUGGUUGUAAAACGAAUGCCGCAGAUAUUUCCUGAUCAACAGAUUCAACAACAUGUACGUAAAUGGACAAAAUUUUUGGAGCUGAUUAAGUUACUUGAUUCAUCACUGAAACAAAUCGAACUCAGAUGGGGAAAUGGGAAAGGGCCAUUAGCACAGGAGUUCACUGCCCCACAAGUCAAACAAUUGAUCCGUGCAAUCUUCCAGAAUACGGAUAGAAGAUCUAACGUCUUAGCCUCUAUAAGAUAAAAAUGUAAGAUACAAAAUUUCAAAUACAUAUAAACAAUGAAUGAAUAAUUAAGUUUUGUAUUAUACGUAUUAAAAUUGAAUAUGGAAAACAGCGUAACUAGAGAGUAACUAGAAGUAAACAGAGUAACUAGAGAGAAGAUAAGUCAUGUAAUUUU